CCCGGGCCUCGGUCGCUGCCACCCAAGCAUCCGUGAGUCCUUUUCUGCCCCUCUCCGGGCGCGCGGUCUUUGCGGUAGUCACCAUCUUAAAGAGAUUUGCAGGCUUGCAAGAUGGCAGAAGCAGAUGUUAAAAUGGUCUUGGAAUCUGCCGCCCAGGGGGUUGCUGAAGAGGAGAUGGCUAGCUCGGCUAGUGAUUCUGGGGAAGACUCUGACAGCAGUAGCUCUGGCAGCAGCACUAGUUGCAGCAGCAGCAGCAGCAGCAGCAGCAGCCGCCGCCGCCGCCGCCGCCGCUUACAUAAAAAGAAGAGGGUACCUGAGCCAUCCAGAAGGGCGCGGCGGGCUCCGUCUGUUCCAAGUUUCCUGGAUAGGCUGCCUCAGGCAGUUAGAAAUCGUGUGCAGGCGCUCAGAAAUAUUCAAGAUGAAUGUGACAAGGUAGACGCCCUAUUCUUAAAGGCAAUUCAUGAUCUCGAAAGAAAAUACGCUGAACUCAAUAAGCCUCUGUAUGAUAGACGAUUCAAAAUCAUCAAUGCAGAACAUGAGCCUGCAGAAGCAGAAUAUGAAUGGAAUUCAGAGGAUGAGGAGUUCAGCAGUGAUGACGACGAAGAUCUGGAUGAUUCCUCUGGUGAAAUGCCUCCCUUAGAGGGUGAGGAAGAAGACCCUAGAGAAAAACCUGAGGUGAAGGCUGAAGAGAAGGAGGUUCCUAAAGAAAAACCUGAGGUGAAGGCUGAAGAAAAGGAAGCUCCUAAAGAAAUUCCUGAGAUAAAAGCUGAAGAAAAGGACGUUCCUAAAGAAAUUCCUGAGGUAAAAGCUGAAGAAAAGGAAGUUCCUGAAAAAAUUCCUGAGGUAAAAGCUGAAGAAAAGGAAGUUCCUGAAGAAAUUCCUCAGGUAAAGGCUGAAGAAAAGGAAGUUCCUGAAGAAAUUCCUGAGAUAAAGGCUGAAGAAAAGGAAGUUCCUGAAGAAAUUCCUGAGGUAAAGGCUGAAGAAAAGGAAGUUCCUGAAGAAAUUCCUGAGAUAAAGGCUGAAGAAAACGAAGUUCCUGAAGAAAUUCCUGAGGUAAAGGCUGAAGAAAAGGAAGUUCCUGAAGAAAUUCCUGAGGUAAAGGCUGAAGAAAAGGAAGUUCCUGAAGAAAUUCCUGACGUAAAGGCCGAAGAAAAAGAAGAUUCUGAAGAUUGUAUGGAGGUGACAUCUGAAGUAAAAGAAGAUCCUGAGGGAGCCCCCCAGGCAAAGGCAGAAGAUAAACAGCCUAAAGCAACAGAGGUUAAGGCAAGGGCUACAGUAAGGGAGGCUCAAAAAAGAGUUCCUGAAGAAAGGCUUAUGGAAAUAGUGAAUUUCAAAAGAGCUAGGAAGGGAAAGCCAAAAAGUGAAGCUCCUAAAGGCAUUCCUGACUACUGGCUGACUGUUUUAAAGAAUGUCGACAAGCUCGGGCCUAUGAUUCAGAAGUAUGAUGAGCCCAUUCUGAAGUUCCUGUCUGAUGUUAGCCUGAAAUUCUCAAAACCUGGCCAGCCGGUGAGUUACACCUUUGAAUUUCAUUUUCUGCCCAAUCCGUACUUCAGAAACGAGGUGCUGGUGAAGACAUAUAUGAUAAGGUCAAAACCAGAUCACAACGAUCCCUUCUUCUCUUGGGGAUGGGAAAUUGAAGAUUGCAAAGGCUGCAAGAUAGACUGGAGAAGAGGAAAGGAUGUUACCGUGACAACCACCGAGAGUCGCACAACUGCUACUGGAGAAAUUGAAAUCCAGCCAAGAGUGGUUCCUAAUGCAUCAUUCUUUAAUUUCUUCAGUCCUCCUGAGAUUCCUAAGAUCGGAAAGCUGGAACCACGAGAAGAUGCUAUCCUUGAUGAGGACUUUGAAAUUGGUCAAAUUCUGCAUGAUAAUGUCAUCCUGAAAUCAAUCUUUUACUAUACAGGUGAAGUCAAUGGCACCUUCUAUCAAGAUGGCAGAGAUUAUGGAAACAGGAAAUUUCGAAAAUAAAAAAGAUGUUGAAAAAUCAAGAAUCUUAAAAAUUCAAGAAGUGAAGCAAGUUCAUAUAGCCUUGAAAAAAGAAAAAGCAGAAAACCUGCCAUAUAACAAGCUGAAUGCUAUUAUUCCUUAUAGUCUCGUGUUUUCGUAGUUUCUUGGUAGUCCAUUUUAAAAAAAAAAUUGUGCUAAAAAGUGUGUCAGUUUAUUCUAUCUAGCCUAUUGUAGUGUAAUCAAAAUAUGUAAGCUGUUUUCAAUGAUCUAAAGCAUGUUAGUUUGGUGCUACAGAGUGUUGAUUUUUGUGAAAUUCUUUUGUCAUAUUCCUAUUAGA